UCCUGUCCACCAGCCCAUCCAGGCUCCAAAAUGAUCCAAGCUCUCUUGGUAACUAUAUGCUUAGCGUUUUUUCCAUAUCAAGGGAGCUCUAUAAUCCUGGAAUCUGGGAAUGUUAAAGAUUAUGAAGUAGUGUAUCCACAAAAAGUCCCUGCAUUGCCCAAAGGAGAAGUUCAGAAUGCUGAGCCAGAGACCAAGUAUGAAGAUACAAUGCAAUAUGAAUUUAAAGUGAAUGGAGAGCCAGUGGUCCUUCACCUGGAAAGAAAUAAAGGACUUUUUUCCAAAGAUUACAGUGAGACUCAUUAUUCCCCUGAUGGCAAACGAAUUACAACAAACCCUCCGGUUGAGGAUCACUGCUAUUAUCAUGGACGCAUCCAGAAUGAAGCUGACUCAACUGCAGUCAUCAGUGCAUGCAAUGGCUUGAAAGGACAUUUCAAGCAUCAAGGGAAGACAUACCUUAUUGAACCCUUGAAGCUUUCUGACAGUGAAGCCCAUGCAGUCUACAAUUCUGAAAAUAUAGAAAAGGAGGAUGAGAGCCCAAAAAUCUGUGGGGUAACUGAUACUUGGGAAUCGGAUGAGCCCAUCAAAAUGAACUCUCAGUUAAAUCUUACUCCUGAACAACAAGACAGAUACUUGCAAGCCCCAAAAUACAUUGAGUUUUUCAUAGUUGUGGACAACAGAAUGUACAUGAAAUACAACAGCGAUUUAACUGUUAUAAACACAAGAGUAUAUGAACUUGUCAACACUUUAAAUAUGAUGUUGAGACCUUUGAAAAUUUAUGUAGCACUGAUUGGCAUAGAAACUUGGACCGACGAAGAUAAGAUUAACGUGACGGAAUCAAACGAUGCCACUUUGGUAUCAUUUGAAACAUGGAGAGAAACAGAUUUGCUGCCACGCAAAUGGAAUGAUAAUGCUCAAUUACUCACGGACAUUGACUUCACUGGAAGAACUAUAGGAUAUGCUCCCGUGGGCAGCCUCUGCCUUCCAAAGAAAUCUGUAGCAAUUAUUCAGGAUCAUACCCAAGAAACACGUUUGAUUGCAGCUACAAUGGUCCAUGAGUUGGGUCAUAAUCUGGGCAUGAAUCAUGACACAAAGACCUGUCAAUGUCCUGCUAAAACAUGCAUUAUGACUCCGACACUAACUGAUGAACCUGUCUAUUACUUCAGCUCUUGUAGUGUUCAGCAACAUCAGAGAUAUCUUAUUAAUUACACCCCACAAUGCAUUCUCAACCAACCCUUGAGCACAGAUAUUGUUGCACCUGCAGUUUGUGGAAAUUACUUACUGGAGGUGGGAGAAGACUGUGACUGUGGCUCUCCUCAGGAUUGUCAAAAUGCCUGCUGCGAUGCUGCAACUUGUAAGCUGAGACCUGGGGCACAGUGUGACUUUGAAGAGUGUUGCGAGCAAUGCAGAUUUAGGGGAGCAGAAGCAGAAUGCCGGGCAGCAAGGGAUGACUGUGACAUGCCUGAAUUCUGCACUGGCCGAUCUGCUGAGUGUCCCGCCGAUCGCCUCCAUGGGAAUGGACAUCCAUGCCAAAACAACUCGGGUUACUGCUACAAUGGGAAAUGUCCCACCUUGGCAAACCAAUGUGUUGCUUUGUUCCGUAAUCCAAAUAUGACUGUGGGUUCAGAUGAAUGUUUUGAGAAUAACCAAUCACCAGUGAAUGAGGAGAAUCAGGCUGGCUACUGCAGAAGGGAAAAUGGUGUAAAGAUUCCAUGUGAACCACAGGAUAUAAAGUGUGGCAGGUUAUACUGCUCAACAGUAAACACCACAUUUUGCGUAGCCCGCUAUUUUGCAGAUAGGCCAGAUGAUGGAAUGGUUGAACCUGGAACAAAAUGUGGAGAUAGAAAGGUCUGCAGCAACGGGCACUGUAUUGAUAUGUGA